CAAGCACAAGCCUAUGAAUAUUUGAUAAAAGUGAUCCGUGUGAACACACAGAAUACAAUUCACCACCUCAAAUUAUACUACAUUCACAAUGAUCGCACGUGUCGGUUUAUCUAACUUGGUUCGUCCGGCCCACCAGCUCGUCAGACCAUCUAUUGUCCGUGCCCUUAAAACCAUCCCAGAACCGGCUGGCGGUAUUGUCGGUACCGUUAACGAUGCCUACAUUGUCCCGUCAGCCCAGAAGUUGGAGGGUUCCUACCACUGGACCUCCGAGAGACUUGUUGCCGUUGGUUUGGUCCCAUUGACCGUCAUGCCUUUGGCUGGCGGCGACUUCUCCGCUACCCUUGAUACCGCCUUGGCCUCCUUGUUGUUGAUCCACUGCCACGCUGGUUUCCAGGCGUGUAUUGUCGAUUACAUUCCAAAGAGAGUCUACGGUGCAAUCCACAGCUACGCCAUGAUGCUUUUGACCUUUGGUACCAUGGUCAGUGGUUACGGUAUCUACAACUUGGAGAAGGAGGAUGGUUUGACCGGUUUGGUCAAGAAGCUCUGGAAGGCUUAAAUCCCUGGCUGGUUUUUGUUCAUAGGCGCCAUUGCUUUAGCCCUCAUUUCAGUUCAUGCACAGUCUCUCCCUAGAACCUAGGUGAG